GUGACCCGUGCGGCUGCCGGGGAUGGGGCGGCUGCUGUGGCUGCUCUGCCUGGCCGUGGGCGGCAGCCGCUGGUGGCUGCGGGGCGCCCAAGGGAAGACGCUGCGGGGCCGCUUCUCCAGCGCGGGGGGCGGGGCGCAGCUGGCGGCGCGGUUCCAGUUCCACGGCGACCAUGCUGUUCUGUAUAUCAGAAUCAACAAUGUAGCAGCAGCUGUUGGAAAAGAGGCCAGACUUCACCUUUUUCAAGCACAGGAAUGGCUAAAGCUUCAGGACAGCACCCAGGAUUAUAGCUGUGGAGAGAAACUGUCCAGAGCUCAGCUGACAAUGCCUAUGAACCACACAGAGCAAAAUCUGACAGUGACCCAGAUUCCAUAUCCAGAAACGUGGUAUGUGUUUUAUGUAGACAAGUUUACCUGCGAGGAGAAUUAUGAAAAUUCUGAAUCCGAGGAUAUUCAAUUUGAAAUGGUGUUACUAAACCCAGAUGCAGAAGGGAAUCCAUUAGAUCACUUUAGCGCAGGGGAAUCGGGAUUACAUGAAUUCUUUUUCCUACUCAUCCUAGCAUACUUUGUAGCUGCUUGCAUCUAUGCUCAAUCACUAUGGCAAACUCUGAAGAAAGGUGGACCUAUGCAUACUGUCUUAAAGGUUCUGUCAACAGUAUUAGUGUUUCAGGCUGGCUCAGCAUUUGCCAACUACCUGCAUUUCUCAAGUUACGCUAAAGAUGGAAUAGGGGCACCUUUUAUGGGAAGUCUGGCAGAACUGUGUGACAUAGUCUGUCAGAUACAAAUGCUGUACCUGUUGCUGAGUUUGUGUAUGGGUUGGAUGAUUGGCAGAAUGAAGAAAUCUCAAAGCAGACCCCUUCAGUGGGAUUCCACUCCAGCGUCCACUGGCAUUGCUGUAGUAGUUGUUGUAACCCAGAGUAUUUUACUAAUUUGGGAGCAGUUUGAAGAUACUAAUCAUCACAGCUACCAUUCACACCACAGUUUAGCAAGUGGACUUCUUAUUGGUCUAAGAGUUUGUCUAUCUCUGUCAUUGGCCUGUGGACUCUACCAGAUCAUCAGAGUGGAGAGAAGUACACUCAAAAGGGAGUUCUAUAUCACCUUUGCCAAAGGCUGCAUUUUGUGGUUUUUGUGCCAUCCGGGUCUUGCAACCGUUUCUGUGCUAUUUAGAGACUAUCAAAGAGAGAAGGUUAUUACCAUAGGUGUUAUCCUCUGCCAGUCCAUCUGCAUGUUUAUCCUCUACAGACUUUUUCUAUCUCAUAGUCUAUAUUGGGAAGUGUCUUCUCUGUCAUCAGUGACAUUGCCACUGACCGUGGCAUCUGGACAUAAAAGUCGACAUUACUUCUGAGAUACAUUUAGGAAAGAAUACAGUGCAAUAAUGACCCAAAUACAGCUAUUUUCAUCAGGUCAGUGUGCUACAUCAGUGUCCCUGGAAAAACUGAAUCAUAAAAUCAGAGCACAUCACUGAUCCUGGAUCUGAACAAGUCCCCAAAUUAGGUACAUUAAUUUUUUUUUUUUAAACUGGUGGUAUGAAAAUAUAUUUAAAAUCUGAAUGUUUGAAUAGAGAUUGUUUUUGUGGCACAUGCGGUGCUGUGUUGUAUGACAACAAAGGAGGACAAACCUAACCUUUCCACAGUGUUUUCACCCUAAUAACUCCAUGACUUUGUAUCAAUAUUAAGUUUGAAGGCCUAGAAGAAUCCAGUGCUUUAAAUGGCUCUGAGCUCAAACAAGUCUGAAAUAAGCCAGUUAUGAAAUCGGUGUAAUACACGGAAUAAAAGUUUGCUUUUCUUUUUAUUCUGUAAAGAAAAUGCAUUUUGUGCUUUAAAUGUAAAGGACUUGAAAAACAAAAUUGCUCCAGAAACCAAUGUAAAAUGUUUACAGCUAACUGUGCAGUAAGCUUUCUUUCAUUAUUUGUGCAAAAGGAAAAGCACUUUUUUUCCCCACCAGUGUUGGUAUUAGUUCAAAUUUUAACUUGAGCAGCAAUGGGGUUUUAUCCAUAACACUUUUGAGAGAAAUGUUACUAAAAACAUAACAUAGGUGUGAUGGGCAAAAUGCUAUGUGAGACUUUAAAGACGUGGCAACACUCGUAAUAAAAACAGCAGGCUUGCUUUUUUUAGGAAAGAAUGUGUAAUGUGGUACUAGAAUUUUAAUCCUGAUAUAAUUCAUUUCUCUUACAUUGAGGAUUCAAUCAUAAUUAAGCCAUAUACACAGAUUAAAUUAACAGAAGCAUUUCAAAUAAAUGGUGGUUUCAGUCAUCAACUACUCAUGUAUUCCUGCCCAAGGAUACUUAAUCAGGAUUAAAUUUUCUAUGAAUAAUUGAAAAACAAAAUACUCACUGGAUUUGUUAUAAUCCAUGUUGGCAUUGGGUUCUAAGUAGUUGCCAUCUUCCAUCCAUUGUAAUAAAGCCAUACAUCUUUGUGAUGCCCUAGCAUUCAGAAUGCCAGUGUAAAUAUGUACUUUAUUUAAGUGCCUAUUUAUUGAGUGUGAUUUAAAUCAUUUUGACAAUUUUUUUUCUGUAUUGUGGACAUUCCUAUUAAGUCAUAGUUUGAAAUCUUCUUGUUUGUACUUAAUUUGAUAUUUGUCAAAUUGUCUAAACCUAUUAUUGUCACAUUUUGUUUCUUCACGGCAUUUAUUUUAUUUACUAGUAAGUGUAUUGAAUUUUUAAAAAGAAAUGAAAAUUCAUAUUUGUAAUAGA